AUGAGUUCAAGUUCCCACCUCCCGAACACAAAACCUGAAACCGCGCGACUACGGCCACGCCGUGCGUGCGACGAAUGUCGAAAGCGAAAGCGAAAAUGUGAUGGUGAACUGCCCUGCGCGACCUGUACCCACUAUGAAUACACAUGUCAAUAUGAAUACAGUAAGGCGGCCAGGGCCUCCCGUGCUGUGCACACAUCCUUGCAGACAAGCCCCACAGAUCGUUUGGUAGCACCCCGCGAAAGCUUUCCUACCGACAAUCUUGUCCCGACGGGAGGGAUUGAACAACUAUCAAGUUUUCUGGAUCGAGGAACAGCAAGGUUCAUUAGCCAUGCUUCAUCUAUUUCUCAGGCUCGGUCUUUAGGCUUGGGUCUCGGAUUGCCGGAACCUCCACGUCUCCAUUCAUUUGGAUAUCAUACUGGGGUUCGGAAAGAGCCAGAGAGAGCCACAUCGGCUCAACUUCCACAGCUUCUUCCCUGGGGCCAAGCGAGAGACUGCAUCGACGUCUUUACAGCCGUUAUUCAUCCAGUAUUUGGCUUGAUGGAUAUGGAAUACAUGUGUCAGAGAGCCCGGGAACACUGGCAGGCCUCUCCCGAAGGAUUGGAAUUUUCCUUUGACGCCGUCAUCAGUGGUAUCGUUGCACUAGGAUCUUUGUUUUCGAAUUUGCUUGACGAGGAAAAGGAGCUGCAAGUUGUUCUUCAUGCAAAGGCUCUGCUCGAUGACCCUGUCAUCAGUCGUCGCCCCUCACAAGAUCUAGUAGUGGCCUGGAUUUUGAGGACCAUUUACUCUCGUGCAACCAGUCGACCCAAUGUAGCGUGGCUGCACAGUAGCACCACAAUGAAUCUCAUUGAAAUUACUGGAAUACAUUAUAAUGAAGUACCAGUGGCCUAUGGUGCAGAGAAUACCGGACCACCACCAGGCCACGAAGGUGAUGAACGCGCACGUAUCACGUCUGUUGCUCAAAGUCUUCAUGUGCUGAUCGCGUAUGACUAUGGAAAGACUAUUACACAUCUUGAUCCUACGGCAUGUGAUCGCAUCCAACCACGACCAGGCGAUUUCACUUUGCAACUAUCUGAACUUACCAACAAAGUCUUCACUACGACGAGUUAUUCGGACCCCAUCUCUCAUCAGGCUCAGCUUUUGCAGGCUAUGGAGCAGUUAAUGGAAACUACAGUAGACCAUGACUUUCUGAUACUUGCGAGAGCUGAGCUAUGUUUCGCCAUUCACCGUCGUCUUCGCGUCCUUGGGCUUGGCCUAACUGGGCAACAGAUCAAGCUCAUAGUUGCGGCGGGAACAGCUGCUCUGCCCGCAGCCCGACGUUUGUCAGCUCAGCACCAUCCAUGGUGGAAUAUUACAAACGCCCUUUUCCAGUUCAUAUGUGCUUGUCUCUCAGUUGGUACAAACGAGACCCUGGCAAAUAUCCAGCCAACAGUUGAAACGUUCGAGUCGGUCACUCGGCAUUUUAACACGCAUCUCACUCGCGAAGCCUUCAACACCGCACUGUUUUUAAUCAAUGCAUGUCAGAAAGAGAAGGAAAAACAAGUCAGCUUCCUUCAGCUUAGAGGACUGGGACAAGAAAGUGGCGCCUCCCAGGAACAGGUUGAUUUGUCCCAGGUGCCAAUAAUUGAUUCUCCACUUGCUUCUCUUUUUGAAACCUACCAUGAGCCACCAUUUAUCGAUUUACAAACAAUAUUCAAUAUCUAG